AUGGAAGAGGUGGUGAUAAUUGUAGGCGGGAUUGGGACGACGAAGAAUAAGGCUAGAAUUCACGGUAACAAAAGUUGGGCUCGAGUCCGGGGAAUGGGUGAUGUACGAUGGAAUGCAUCACCUCAAAACAAAUGCUUCUGUGAGACUGGUGACGGUUUGAUCGUUCUGGGGAUUAAGGGUGCUGCUGAUGUGAAGAACACGGUCCGGAAUGUCCUCGAAGAUUUGCACACUUACGGUUUCCUGAGCGAAACGGGCUGGCCGUUCGUUAGCAUUAUCGAGUUUCAUUUGCCCUCCUUGAAGCUCACAUUCCUUCGUCAUCCCGCUGACUAUGCUCGGAGCCCGAGGCAAAUCCAGAGCAGCAUUCGAGUGAAUGGUUUCCGCUCCGAAGGGCAGUGUUUCGAUGGUGCAAUCUUGGAGCACCAAGGUAGAGACGCCAAAUGUUUGGGAAGAGCAGGACUCCACAUGUUUGGAAGACUUGGGGGGAAUCAGCAGGACAUGAACACUAGGAAGGGAAGGAGCUGGCAAGGAAGCCGAUCGUGA